AGAGAGUGGACUCUGGUGUCUGGGCCGUGAUCCUGACCACCAGGGCUGGAAUGACUUUCAGAACCGAGUCAGCGUGCCUCCAGAACAAGAUAACUAGUUCAGGAGACGGUUAUCUUACUCGAAAGUGAACAUCUGUAGAACGAGAUUCCAGACUGUGCCCGCGUCGGGGGUGCCCGGCGACCCUCCUUCUUAACGUCCUUCCUCUUAACCCGCGCCAGACCGCGCGCAGGGCCCUCUCCGCCCUCGCGGGGCCUCCCUCGUGCCAAGACGCAGCCAGGCUGGGUUCGGGGCCCGGCUGUGCUCGCACGUUCCCUCGCCGCGCUCCGUGACCCGGGACCUGCUGCGGCGAAGCCCGCCCCACCAGCGGCCCGGCGCCGACUCCCAAUACCCUCCCUCCCCGGGCCGCCAGGCUGCACUUAUACUCGCGGCGCUCAGCACAGGGCGGCACUUCACUAAGCCGCUUGGAAACCAGUCGGAUACAGGGCGACUAUAGGCAGCUCGACCCCAGAAGCCGAGACCAGGGGACAUAGCAGUCUUGGAGGCGCCGACCGCGCAGGCGCCCUGAGUAGACCCUCCCGCCCCCCGCACCUCGACCGCGCAGGCGCUUGGAGGAGGCUCCCACCGCGCCGGGGCCGCUUCCGGGCCAACAUGGCGGCCGCGUGGCUGUUGUUGCGCGCCCUCGGGCAGGGCCAGAGCCCGGGUCUGGAGAGGCUGCGGGGCCCCUGUUGGGGCUGGGGCUCAGGCCUCUCCGCCGGGGCUAGGAGGAGGUGGCCAUACUUCGUCCACAGGCCUCCGAUGGGUGUCGCCGGGGUUGAAGGCCGAGCCCUGCAGAGUUUGCAAUUGCGACCGCUAACCCCUACCUUUGAAGGGAUCCAUGGAUUAUUGUUGAAACAGCUUCUAGUCCAGAAUCCAGUCAGACUCUGGAAGCUCUUAGGUGGCACUUACUAUUUUAACACUUCAAGGAAGAAUCAGAAGACUAAGGACCAUGAUAAACCCAAGGGGAGGACCCCUGAAGAUGAUGAAGAGGAGAGGAGGCGCAAGGAGAGGGAGGACCAGAUGUACCGCGAGCGGCUGCGCACCUUGUUCGUCAUCGCUGUUGUCAUGAGCCUGCUGAAUGCGCUCAGCACCAGCGGGGGCAACAUUUCCUGGAACGACUUUGUCAACGAGAUGCUGGCCAAGGGCGAAGUGCAGCGGGUCCAGGUGGUGCCCGAGAGUGACGUGGUGGAAGUGUACCUGCAUCCUGGAGCCGUGGUGUUCGGGCGGCCUAGGCUGGCCUUGAUGUACCGAAUGCAGGUGGCAAAUAUCGACAAGUUUGAAGAGAAGCUUCGAGCGGCUGAAGAUGAGCUGAAUAUCGAAGGCAAGGACAGGAUCCCGGUUACCUAUAAGCGUACAGGCUUCUUUGGAAAUGCCCUCUAUGCCUUGGGGAUGACAGCAGUUGGCCUGGCCAUCCUGUGGUAUAUUUUCCGUCUGGCUGGAAUGACGGGAAGGGAAGGAGGAUUCAGUGCUUUUAAUCAGCUUAAAAUGGCUCGUUUCACAAUUGUGGACGGCAAGACGGGGAAGGGAGUCAGCUUCAAAGACGUAGCAGGAAUGCACGAAGCCAAACUGGAGGUCAAAGAGUUUGUGGAUUAUCUGAAGAGCCCGGAGCGCUUCCUUCAGCUUGGUGCCAAAGUUCCGAAGGGCGCACUGUUGCUCGGGCCCCCCGGCUGUGGGAAGACACUGUUGGCCAAGGCAGUGGCGACGGAGGCCCAGGUGCCCUUCUUGGCGAUGGCUGGCCCGGAGUUCGUGGAGGUCAUUGGAGGCCUGGGCGCUGCCCGUGUGCGCAGCCUCUUCAAGGAAGCUCGCGCCCGGGCCCCCUGCAUCGUCUACAUUGACGAGAUCGAUGCUGUCGGCAAGAAGCGCUCCACCACCAUGUCCGGCUUCUCCAACACGGAGGAGGAGCAGACCCUCAACCAGCUUCUGGUGGAAAUGGACGGAAUGGGCACCACUGACCAUGUCAUCGUUCUGGCAUCCACCAACCGAGCUGACAUUUUGGACAAUGCUCUGCUGAGGCCAGGCCGCUUGGACCGACAUGUCUUCAUCGACCUCCCCACACUCCAGGAAAGGCGCGAGAUUUUUGAACAGCACCUGAAGACCCUAAAGCUGACCCAGCCCAGCAGUUUUUACUCGCAGCGUCUGGCAGAGCUCACGCCAGGGUUCAGCGGUGCUGACAUCGCGAACAUCUGCAACGAAGCUGCACUGCACGCUGCAAGGGAAGGGCACACGUCUGUCGACACGUCUAAUUUUGAGUACGCCGUCGAGCGCGUCAUUGCAGGGACAGCCAAAAAGAGCACGAUCCUCUCGAAGGAAGAGCAGAAGGUGGUAGCGUUUCAUGAGUCAGGCCACGCUCUGGUCGGCUGGCUGCUGGAGCACACCGAGGCUGUGAUGAAGGUCUCCAUCGCGCCUCGGACAAAUGCUGCUCUGGGCUUUGCUCAGAUGCUCCCGAGAGACCAGUACCUUUUCAGCAAAGAGCAGCUGUUUGAGCGGAUGUGCAUGGCCCUGGGGGGCCGCGUGUCAGAGAGCAUCUCCUUCAACAAGGUCACUUCUGGGGCGCAGGAUGACCUGCGGAAGGUCACUCGCAUCGCCUACUCCAUGGUGAAGCAGUUCGGGAUGGCACCGAGCAUCGGGCCCGUCUCCUUCCCUGAGGCUCAGGAGGGCCUUGCGGGUAUCGGACGGCGCCCCUUCAGCCAGGGCCUCCAGCAGAUGAUGGACCACGAAGCUCGCCUGCUGGUGGCUGAGGCCUACAGGCACACCGAGAAGGUGCUGCGGGGCAACCUGGACAAGCUGCAUGCGCUGGCGAACGCGCUGCUGGAAAAGGAAGUGAUCAACUACGACGACAUUGAGGCCCUCAUCGGCCCACCGCCUCACGGGCCCAAGAAGAUGAUCGCCCCUCUGAGGUGGAGGGAUGCCGAGAGCGAGAAGCAAGAUUCUGGGGAGGAGGAGGCACCUCAGCAGCCCCCGCUUCAAGGGGAGGAGCCGUCUUGGCCCAAAUAGCUGGACCUCGUUAGUGGUGCCUGCGGGGACUCAGGAAGUGAACUCCUUCCUCAGCUGUCCCCCAAGUUCCUUUUCGCCUCAGACUUGUACCUCUGGGCCCUCACUGUUCCCUGUUGAAGGGCUUCUGAGAUUUGUUGGUUUCAUUACCUGUGAUUAGUAAAGUCUUUGCAGAGAUGA